UGUGAUACCACCGAUCGACGGAAAGCCGGCCUUGCUGUACGUCACCACCGGGGAAGGCCUUCUCCUCUCGUCUCGACGUCUCCUCUCCUCCUCCAAAUCGAGAGGCCAUAGAGAGAGAGGGUCAGAGAGAGAAACCUAGCCCCUUGAAUGGAGGACUCGAACGGCGCCGAGAUCAAGGCCCCGCCGCCAGUCCAGCGACGCCCGCCGCGCCCGCGUGGAGGCGGCUUCACCCCCGAGGGCUUCGUGGCCGCGCUUCGCCGCCGGCUGAGCUCCGGUGCCGCGGUGGCCGCGCGUGCCAGCUUCGCGGCGGACUCUGGGGACGAGUCCGGCCCCCCCGAGCCCUCCUCGUCGCACAGCCGCCGCGACUCAAGCGGGGACACCUCGUCCGCCGGCGGCCCCGGGGACUUCACCGCGUUCAGCUUCCGCGCGGCUGCCCCAGUCCACCGGAAGGCGAAGGAGAGUCCCCUGAGCUCCGACGCCAUCUUCAAGCAGAGUCAUGCAGGCCUUUUCAAUCUGUGCAUUGUUGUUCUCGUUGCAGUGAACGGCAGGCUGAUUAUUGAGAACUUAAUGAAGUAUGGCUUAUUAAUACGAGCUGGCUUUUGGUUCAACUCUACAUCAUUGCGGGACUGGCCACUUCUAAUGUGCUGCCUUAGUCUACCAGCCUUCCCCCUUGGUGCAUUUUCAGUUGAGCAGUUGGCGUUCCGUAAUGUUAUUACUGAUGCUGUUGCUACCUGUCUUCAUAUCAUUCUUACAACAGCUGAAAUUGUAUAUCCUGUGCUUGUCAUUCUUAUGUGUGAUUCUGCGGUUGUGUCUGGUUUUUUGUUGAUGUUUAUUGCAUGCAUUGUUUGGCUGAAGCUCGUAUCUUUUGCCCAUACAAACCAUGACAUAAGGCAAUUAACCAUUAGUGGUAAGAAGGUUGAUAAUGCACCCAGCACAGAUGACAUGGAUAGUUUACAAGCUCCAACUUUAGGGAGCCUAGUAUACUUCAUGAUGGCUCCAACACUGUGCUAUCAGCCAAGUUAUCCUCGAACUGAAAAUGUUAGAAAAGGGUGGCUGAUUCGUCAAAUUAUUCUGUACUUGAUAUUUACAGGUAUUCAAGGUUUCAUUAUUGAGCAGUACAUAAAUCCAAUCGUCGUGAACUCUCAACAUCCAUUGAAAGGCGGACUUCUGAAUGCUAUAGAGACUGUUCUGAGGCUCUCAUUACCAAAUGUUUACUUAUGGCUUUGCAUGUUCUAUUGCUUUUUCCAUCUCUGGUUAAAUAUACUUGCUGAGAUUCUUCGUUUUGGUGACCGUGAAUUCUACAAAGACUGGUGGAAUGCAAAAACAAUUGAUGAGUAUUGGCGAAAAUGGAACAUGCCCGUGCAUAAAUGGAUUGUUCGUCAUAUAUAUUUUCCUUGCAUGCGAAGUGGUAUAUCGAAGGUAAAUUGCAAUAUGUUAAACUGCUAUGCUGGGCAUGCGUUGUACAUAGUUUAUGUUUGGUCAUUUGUGCUGUUUUUCUUGCAGGAAGUUGCUGUUUUUGUAUCAUUUUUUGUAUCUGCCGUGCUCCAUGAGCUUGUUGUUGCUGUCCCCUGCCGAAUUCUCAAGUUCUGGGCAUUCUUAGGGAUCAUGCUGCAGAUCCCCCUUAUCACAUUGACAUCAUGCCUCAAAAACAAAUUCAGGGAUACAAUGGCCGGCAACAUGAUAUUUUGGUUCUUUUUCUGCAUCUACGGCCAGCCUAUGUGCGUUCUCCUGUACUACCAUGAUGUGAUGAACAGGAUUGGGAAGACAGAAUAGAGCCACAUAUUCUUUCUUAUUCCACUUUGGACCAACGGAUUCAGAGAAGCAAUAAUAUGUACAACAUGAAACCGCAUAAUUUCUUACACUGCAACAAUCUUUCUUGGAAAAUCUAGCAGCUAACUAGUCGUGGGCAUUAUUGUACAUGUACAUAAGCUUAUGUUUUUCACAUUCUACUUGUA